UCCUUGUUCAACAGUGUGCACACGUUGAAACGUCAUUGUGAACACUAAACAAUCCGCAAAUUUAGCUGCAUCUGUUGGGGGAUUCGGGUCCUUAUUUCAAGCAGUUCUUCUGACUUUUCUGUCCAUCGGAAGACGCACACAGAUCAUGAAAGUUUUCAUUACAAGACGCAUCCCACAGGAGGGAAUGAAGAUUCUGUCACAGGCUGGAGUAUGUAAAGUGUCACUGUGGGACUCUGAUGAGCCUGUUCCGAGGGCGGAGCUUCUGAAGGGCGUGGCGGGGGCCCAUGGGCUGCUGUGCCUCCUGUCGGACAAGAUCGACACUGAGGUUCUGGACGCAGCAGGUCCAAACCUGAAGGUUAUAAGUACCUUGUCUGUCGGAUUUGACCACAUGGCCAUGGAUGAGAUCAAGAAACGAGGGGUGCGUGUGGGCUACACUCCAGACGUCCUGACUGAUGCCACAGCGGAGCUGACCGUCGCCCUGCUCCUGGCCACAGCUCGGCGGCUACCAGAGGGAGUGGUGGAGGUUAAAAAUGGAGGCUGGAGCACCUGGAAACCUCUGUGGUUGUGUGGUUAUGGUCUGUCAGGCAGCACUGUCGGUGUCAUCGGACUGGGACGCAUAGGGAUGGCCAUUGCCAGGAGGCUGAAACCGUUUGGAGUGAAGAGGCUCCUGUACUCUGGAAGAACUGCCAAAUCCUAUGCUGCUGAGGUGGAGGGAGAAUACGUGCCCUUGGACACGCUGGUGUCUGAGAGUGAUUUUGUCGUGGUGUCCUGCGCCCUCACACCAGAGACCCAGGGCCUGUGUAACAAGGACUUCUUCAGCAAGAUGAAGAACACUGCUGUCUUCAUCAACACCAGCAGGGGUGCAGUGGUAAAUCAGGAGGAUCUGUACCAGGCUCUGUCCAGUGGUCAGAUAGCUUGUGCUGGGCUGGACGUCACAACCCCAGAACCACUCCCCACCAACCACCCCCUCCUCACCCUCAACAACUGUGUGGUCUUGCCCCACAUUGGCAGUGCUACCUACUCCACACGUGGCAUCAUGGCAGAGCUGGCCGCCAACAACCUGCUGGCAGGCCUACAGGACACAGACAUGCCCAGCGAACUCAAAUUCUAGUGCUGCUCUACAACUACUCAAUUCUGCCUCGGUCCUCCUAUUAGAAUGAUUUUUUCAUCACCCAAUCAGUAGUCAUUACCGGGGAAGGUAAAAGCCGUAAGUGACCAGGAAGGAAUCUGUGUUGAGUAUUGCAGUUCUAUUAAAGGAAAGAUUCACCCAUUUUGAAUGUUAUAUCAUUUUUGUGCAUCUCUGAGCGAUGUUCUAUCGAUUCCGGGGGUAAUUUCAUGUUUUCAUGUGUAUCUGAACUAUUCGCCGUUCAAGCAUGCAGAAAUACAGCCGGUAUGAUGUGUUUUGCAUCAUAGAAUACAGCAGGUAUGACGGGUUUUGCAUCAUAGAAUACAGCCGGUAUGAUGUGUUUUGCAUCAUAGAAUACAGCCGGUAUGAUGUGUUUUGCAUCAUAGAAUACAGCCGG